AUGCCUAUCCCAUUAAUAUCCCACGGAAUAACAGAGGGACUCUCUGCCAUUCCCCAUGCAUACACAGCCAUCAAAUGGGCCGCCGUGGUGGCCGUGGUGGCCUUGCUAAAGUACUACUUUGGCGGAGCCCGCAACACCUCCGAGCGAUUGAUGCAUUCAAAAGUCGUGAUGAUUACAGGCGGCACAUCAGGCAUCGGCUCCUCAAUCGUACACGACCUCGCCUCACGCGGCGCCCAAAUCAUCCUCCUCACCCAACACGCACCGUCCGAUCUGUUUCUAGUAGACUACAUCGAAGACCUCCGCCAAACCACAAACAACCAACUCAUCUACGCCGAACAAGUAGAUUUGCGAUCUCUUCACUCCGUCCGCAAAUUCGCAACGAAAUGGGUCGACAACGCUCCGCCGCGAAGAUUGGAUAUGAUUAUUCUAUGCGCCAACACUCUAAAACCGAGUCGGUUCGGAGCACCGAAAUUAACGGGCGAUGGGUUGGAUGAGGAGUGGCAGGUUAAUUAUUUGGCUAAUUUUCAUUUAUUGAGUAUCCUGAGUCCGGCUAUCAGAGCGCAGCCGCCGGAUAGGGAUGUGAGGAUUAUAUUUGCUUCGUGUUCGAGUUAUAUUGGCGCUACGAUUGAUCUGAAGAGGUCUGAGGGUGUUAUCACCACAACUAAUACUAAAAGUACGACAACGACACACGCAAAAUCGAAAGCAGGAGCGAAGAAGAAACCAAAACAAAAACAAAACGCAGCAAGUAUGUACGGCAUAACCAAACUCGCUCUAAUGAUAUUCGCAAAAUCAUUCCAGAAACAUCUUUCAUCCUACAAACGUCCCGACGAUCGACCCAUGAACGCGCGAGUCCUCAUCGUUGAUCCGGGAUAUACUCGCACACCGGGCACACGUCGCUGGAUCACAGGCGGAAGUCUAUGGGGUUUAUUACUCUAUCUCCUUACCUGGCCUGUAUGGUGGCUAAUACUCAAAGCGCCCGAACAAGGCGCUCAGAGUUUUCUUUAUGCUGCUAUGGAAGCUCGAUACGGACGCGGUGGAGAGAAUGGUAGUAAUGGCGGGUGGUAUAUAAAGGAGUGUCGAGAGAUGGAGACUCUGAGGAAAGAAGUGGAUGAUGAGGAGGUUGCGAAACAGCUGUGGGAGUUUAGUGAGGAGCAGAUUCAGGUUAAGGAGAAGGAGUCUGCGAAGAGGAGGGCGUUGGAGAAGGCGAAGGAGGAGGAAGAGAAGAAAGGCGGUUCGACGGCGACGUCGACUGCUACGAAUAGUGGUAACAAUAAAGCCCGUGCGGCUGGAACGAAAAAAAGCCGGAAAUGA